AUGUGGCUUCGACAGGAGCGACAGUAUGACGUGCUAGUCACUGGUAAACGCCAGCUAGAGGGAAAAUAUUAGAAACUAUAGAUUCGUGUACUGUGUUUAGAAAUUCGGAAAUGUGUAGAGAUUUGAUUGUGUAGGGAUCUGAAAUUGUGUACAGACAUUGUGUAGAGUUCUUAAAUUAUGCACAGGCAUUGUGUAAAGAUCUGCAAUUGUGUACAGACAUUGUGCAGAGAUCUUAAAUUAUGAAUUAAUUAUGUUCAGGCAUUGUGUAGAGAUCUGCAAUUGUGUAGAGAUGUUAAAUUGUGUACAGACACUGUGUAGAGAUCUGAAAUUAUGUAGAGAUCUGAAGUUGUGUAGAUAUGAGAUAUUAUGUAAGAGAAAUCUAAAUUAUUGGAAACUUUACUGUACGCACUGACCUAUGAAAAGAAUCGUGAAUUAUUAUUAUUAUUAUUAUUAUUAAAUAUACUUGUUCUAUUCUUUAAUUAGCUAACUACCUCAUGGCAAUCUAUAUGCCAACUAGAAAGUCAAGAUAAGUUGGGAAGGAAUAAUUACAACACACUUUGAUCACAAUUACAAUCUAGACUAAGCAAUAAAAAUAUUUCUUCUUGUUAAGUAGUAUCAGCCAAAUCUAUAAAGAAGAAAAAACAAACAAGCUUAACCGGCAUGCAUGAAACGUACGAUUAAGAUACAAAGCGAACUGAGGAUGACCAGAUUUCAGAAGUGUAGCAACUAGACGAAGAUAUAUUAUUAAGAGAACUAAACAGAUGUUUAUGUUUAAUAGUUGGUUUAAACUCAAUAGCCAGAGCAACGAAAGUGUCCAUCGUUCAUAGUGAGAUUAACUUCAGACUGUAGCCAAAGACAUUGAGUUCUGAUCGUAGAUAAGAAAUAAGAGUUCAUUCCCUUUUAUGACGUCAAUGCAGCAGAAUGGAUGUCACGUCUGCUACCUAUCUUGAUCAGAUUGUAAUCUGAACUGAAUGGCAGGGACCCAGACAGUGUUCGUGGACUUCGGAGACCUCGAUAACAAUUUGUUUGGAAGAAAAACUUGAAACCAAUCAAAACCUAAGAUGUGUCUCUACCACUAAGUGUUAGUCUCGUGGACGUAUAGUUGUCUAGAUGAUCUCAAAACAAUGUAAAAUAUCAUCAAUUAUAAAAAACAAAACAAAAACUGAACUUUAAUAUAGACGAACAAAUUUGAUUGGACGAUAAAUACGUGAUUGGGGAGAUUUGCAGCUAAUCAUGAUGUUCCAGCUAAUUGAUUCCUUAAAGUUUAGGAAUCCUCUGCUGGGAAAGAUAAUUUACUUCAAUGCAAUACGCCAAGGCAAGUUAACGGAAUGAUUGCGGCCAUCUUAGAUGUAACAAGCCCUGAAAAACAAUCCCCGUUGCCUGGCAACUCACUGCUACGGUAGCCUCAGACAAGCGGACGUUGAGAUACUAUGUAUCUGGGGAGUUCCGGCGGCAUCAACGACACGGGGGGUGACCAAAACUGCUCGCUGCCUGAUUCGCGCGAGGAGGAUGUGAUGUGCUGCUGGGGGACCAUCGUGGCUUACUACGUGCAGCCAGUCGUCUGCGUCUUUGGCAUUGUGGGUAAUCUCCUCAACUUGACCAUACUAACCAGGCGUAAACUGCAAAAAUCCUUCAGAACGCUGGAACACUCUGCAAACCUCUGUUUGAUCUCAUUGGCUGUGUCUGACCUUAUGUUCUGCAUCUUCGUUUUCCUUACGGCCUUUAUACCGGUGAACUUCCUGGAGAGAGACAGCUUCUUGUAUUACUACGCGAGAUAUUCCUACGCCGUCAUCAACGUCUUCAUUAUGGAGAGCACCAUGCUGACCGUGGCCAUGUCGCUGGAGAGGUACAUGGCCAUCUGUCACCCGCUCAGACAGGACCUCUACCUCACAACCCGACGUAUCAAGUACAUCAUCGUCUACACCUACGUCUUCUCCGUCCUCUUCAACCUCCCGGUCUGGUGGCGGUUCGAGCCUGUCACCGUCUGCGCCGCCAACGCCAGCAUCGUCAUUCCGGAAGACGGCAACCUCAGCUGCCCGUGCGUGGCGGCGGACUUUCGCCCGUUCAACUCAACACAUUCCUCGGGUUUUUCGCCAGCUUUUUCCUCUUCGCCGCCCUUGUCUGCGUCGAUAGGGGCACCGCAGCCUUCUCGGUAUCUCUACAGGCACCGGAGGGUGCCCCUCUACGGCAGCCAUGUUGCAGAAGUUUCGUACCGGAUAGCCUGGGCGGUAGUGGGCAACUACGUGCCGCUCCUGCUCCUUGUCUACUUCAACUUCUGCUUGUGCCGAAAGAUCUACCGCUCCUACACUCGCCGGAAGCACCUGGGGAGGAUGGACCAGCCCCGGAGCUCCUCCCACAUCUUGACGGUCACCCUGGUGGCGAUCGUGGUCCUCUUUUUCAUCUUGGUGGCGCCCACGGAGACCAUCAUCCAUGUGAUGGAGAUGUCCAACAGCGAAGAGUCGUCGUCAUCGGAGGCCAUCCUGAACCUCAUGCAGACGAUCAACUUUUCUGUCAACUUCAUCCUGUACUGCAUCAUCAGUCCCUACUUCCGGAAAACCUUGAAGUACAUGGUCCUCUGUGGGUGCUAUAACAUAUAUCAGGUUUCUCGGAACUGGAAAAAAGAAUUUGAAACAUCGCUUAUGUAAAUGCUCUGUUACCAAUUUAAAUACUCACAUAUUUCUUGUUGGAUUAUUAGGACAUGUGAUAUUUUACUCCCCACGUCAUGGAAUACUUCAAUUUUAUUAUCACGUGACUUUUUUUCAUAUUUUUAAGCAUUUCUACAUAUUUCUAUUUCGAUAUCCAAUUUGUAUUUUAUUAUUGUUAUAAUUAUUAUUUUGAUAUUGCUGGUUUUCGACGCUAUUUUUGAAUACUGCUAUAAAUAACAGACUAGUUCCAAAUCAAGAAACCGAUUUGGGCAAAAAAAUAUCUAGAAACUUUUAUUUUAUUUGGCUUGAAAUGCUUUUGGCAAAUCUGGACACUUUUGAUCUAAAUUUCCUUUGAUGUAUUCCUUCAACCUCGUUUUGAACACGAUAUCAAACCUAAAAAAUAGACACGUCUGCACUAAAGUGGAAUGGAUAAUCUCCCUUGGUUCAACGGAGUAAUGAGUUUCAAUGAACUCACAGUGUGUGCAUGAUAUGACUAUUGGUAGCACACGGGUUGUGCUGAAGGAUGAGUGUGUGUGUGUCUGUGUGUGUGUGUGUAAGAAAGUAAAUGAACGUUUUCUUUUUCGGUAUGUCACGGAAUUAACAGAACUUUGAUUGGGUAGCUCUAAUGCUCUUUUAUUUUGAUUUGAAAUAAGCUUGCAGUUCCACGAUAGCAUGAAUAUAAGGCAGUGUUUCCCAAACUGUGUUCCGUGGAACCCUAAAGUGUUCCGCGAGGCCUGAAUAGGUGUUCCACGAACUAUUGAAAUAAUUAACGAGUAGGCCACCACGUGACUUAAUCACUCUGAAAAGAAAAAAAAAAGCAGCAAAGUGUUCCGCUAAGUACUCAGAAUGUGCGAAGUGUUCCAUUAAGGAAAAAUGUUUGGGAACCACUGCUCUAACACUGGCAGUAACGACCAGGUAAAGGUACCCCUUUCAGACUUUUUCAAUUAGUAAAACAUUAAACAUUUAACUCUUUCUCUCCGUAAUUAUUUACCACAUUCUGGUGGAAUCAACGCUGGCAUCGUCAGUUAGGAGAGAAAGAGUUAAAUCUUGGUCCGCAAAGCUCAUUUGUUUAUAUGGCCAACGGUAAACGAGGGGUGGUCAGUUCUUCAACUUACUUUUUUGUUCCGUUGAAUGACAACUAUCGGCCUUAUUGAUCGUUAAUUUUU